UCGAGGAAAUAUGGCGUUCACACAAACGCCUUUAUCAUUUGCCGCUACAGGUAGAACAUACUCUCUUAGCAUUUUGUCUUUUUCCAUUUGGCUUGCUUUCGCAGGCUUCGAAACGGCAAACAGCGAGGAUGCGUUUAGUGCAAGCUACACUCCUACUGUACCCAUCGCCGCCGCUAGGGACCUACGAUACCUUCUGUACGAUGUGAACCCCCCAGAGGGUUUUAACCUGCGGCGAGAUGUUUAUAUACGCAUAGCAUCCCUGGUAAAAUCUCUGAGGAAGAAUGGUGAUGACUGGGUCCUCGUGCUUCCACCCUGGGGUCGACUGUAUCACUGGCAGAGCCCCAACCUCCAUCAGAUCCGCAUCCCUUGGGGGGAGUUUUUCAGCCUCACCAGCCUGCAGGCCAAUGUUCCAGUGAUCGAGUAUGAGGAAUUCAUUGCUGAAAAUGGAGGCCCAUUCAUUGAUCAGGUUGUGGUCUUGCAAAAUUAUGCAGAGGGAUGGACUGAUGGGAAAUGGGAGGAAAAGGUUGAUGAGCGACCAUGCAUUGAGAAAUUGAUGUACAAUAAAGAUAAACAGGGCUACUACAGGGGCUGGUUUUGGGGCUUCGAAGAAACGAGAGCUCGAAACAUAACUUGUUUGUCCACACAAGGUCAUGCCUCCAUCAUGGUCCCGGUUCUUCAGGAGAACAUUACAGUGACGGUCACGGGCGUGCUGGAACCUAUCCCAGCUAUCAUCGGGCAGGAGGCUGGCUCAGUAAUGCUCGACCGAGCAGAGACUCUUCUCCAUGAUCACUAUGCAGGGAAGGAUUACUGGAAUAGCCGCCGCAGUAUGGUGUUUGCCAAGCACCUGCGCCUCAUUGGAGACGAGUUCAGAGCAAAGUACCUCAACUCAACAGAUGAUGGCGAUCACACUGUUUACAAUGAAGACUGGACUCGCAUGAAGGCCAAGCUGGGCUCUGCCAAAGGGGGUCCAUAUCUCGGGGUCCACUUGAGGCGAAAGGAUUUCAUCUGGGGUCACAGAGAGGAUGUACCGAGCCUCAAGGGGGCAGUCAAAAAAAUACGGAACCUGAUGAAGAAGCAGAAACUGGAUAAAGUCUUUGUUGCAACUGAUGCAGAUGAGGAAGAACUGAAGGAGCUAAAGAGGUUGUUGCCUGACAUGGUGCGCUUUGAACCAUCCAAAGAGGACCUGGAGCUUUUUAAAGAUGGAGGCGUCGCAAUCAUUGAUCAGUGGAUUUGUGCUCAUGCAAGAUUCUUCAUUGGAACAUCAGUGUCGACUUUUUCCUUCCGGAUCCACGAAGAGCGUGAAAUUCUUGGAUUUAAUCCAAAAACUACUUAUUACCGUUUCUGUGGGGACACUGAGAAAGAGUGUGAACAGCCUACACAUUGGAAAAUUGUUUACUAAUGUCAACUUUAACUUUUCCCACUAUACACAAGUGCCAAAAGCAGUGUUACUCUAUGACACAAUACAGUGUUUGAACUGUUACUUUUUGUAACGUGUAUUACUUUUUAUGCCAAGGAGUUGUGCAGAUCUGAAGUGACACCAGGGACAACUUGUAUUGUUGUCACACAAAUCUUAAAUGCUGUUUUAAGCUUGAUUUCAAUCAAGUGUUUCAUUCUCAAUAUUAUUUAUGACUCAUACUGUUGGUAUGGGUGGAAAAGGAUUCAUGACUGACAUCAUGGGUGGCUUUAUGGGAGAGUGUACAAUACUGUCAGUGUAGUGCACUACAAGUGAAAAGGAUUUAUUGACUUGAUUUGCCUUUUCCCUUAUUUUUUCCGUCAUGAAAAGAAAAAUCAAAAAUGUUUUUAUUCUUCAGGCACAGUUUACUGAGUACACUUUUGUUAAGCCAAUUGACUAGUGAAAUGACUACAAGAAUUGUUUGUUUUGUUCUGUUAUUUUUUUUUGGGGGGGGGGGCUGUUGAUAAGAUAACAAUGUGAUGAGAAUGGCUUCUGUGACAUCUCAGUGAUGCAGUCUACUGUUUGGAGCAAGUCUUGGCCGUGUUAAUGUGCAAUUAGCAGUCCUUUUCUACUUUGAAAGUUUGUGUGUGUGUGUUGGUGCUGCCAUACACAUCAGAAAUGCCUCAUUGGUUGCUUUGGCUCUCUGAAAAUAUAUCAUAUACCUGUAGUUAGCACUUCAUUCCCAAGCAUUUCAAAAUGGGAAAAGCAGCAUAUCUGUUGUGAUCAUGCAAUUCUUACAGAUGCAACAAAUAUCACCAAUAUGUACUUGAUGUGCCAAGGCCAGCGACACGCAAUUGUCCUUGGUAUUCUCCUGUGUGUUGAGUCCUUUUGUUUACAAAUGCAUUGAAAAUAGUACAUGGCAAGAAGUUACAAAGGUGAAACAAUUCCUGUGAAGGGAAGUGGUUUUAUCAUCCAUCCAUCCAUUUUCAACACCGCUUAUCCUGGUUAGGGUCACGGGGCGCUGGAGCCUAUCCCAGCUGACUUCGGGCGAAAGGCGGACUACACCCUGAACUGGUCGCCAGUCAGUCGCAGGGCACAUAUAGACACGGACAGCCAUUCGCACUCACAUUCACACCGUCACUGGGAACUGAACCCAGGCUUCCUGCAGUCAGGCGAGUGUACCACAAGUUCUUUGUGUGUGUGUGCUAUUAAUAACUUUAAUAGGUACAUGUGAUUUCUGGUAACAAGAGAGCACAUUGUUUUGCAGCUCUCCCUUUGGUUUUUGUUUAAUUUACCUGUCCUACAUGAAACAACAGCCCAAUUAUGCUGUGCUUGUGUAAUGUUCCCUUUUACUCUGUGUGCCGGCUCCAUUUGAUAAUGACAAAAGUAAUUAAUCUCCCCUUUGUUGAGCAUGUUGAAGAAGUAUCUACAGUUGAAAGUCUACACAUCCCUGUUUAAAUGCCACGUUUUUGUGAUAUGAAAUAUGAACCCAAGAUAAAUCAUUCCAAAACUUAUUCCAUCCUUAUUGUAACGUAAAAACUGUACAAAUCUAUAAAAAAAUAUAUUUUUGGGAGGGGAAGUAAAAAAAAAAAAACGUGACGUGGUUGAAGAAAUGUGCACACCCUCUAACUGGGGAUUUGGCUGUUUUUGGAGUGAACAAAUCACAUCAUGAUGGUGAUGUUGCACACGGUGGCGAGAAGGAAAUUGACACGUAUCAUGAAGCCGUCAUGAUUAUCCGUACAAUGAAUUUGUGCGCAAAGUAUGAACAUUUCUACGCUUUUAUUAGUGAACGAGACCUCGUGGUUAUGAUGUGGGAGGGCUAUUUUAAUGCUAAAACGUUUUUAUUCAUUUUCUCAUGAUUACUAUUAUGUAUAUCUGAUACAUUUUAUGCAUUUGUGUGUGUUCAAAUAUGUUUACAAUCCUUUUAAAAAGUGUGUUAAUACGUUUUAAAUGUGUUGAAAGCGUGUGGUAGGGUUAUUUCAAGACUAAAACUAAAUUAAAUCACCGGUGUGUCUGGAACAUAACUCCCGGGAUAAACAGGGGAUCACUAUGAUACUACUGUCCAUCAAUCCAGCCAUCUUUUACACUGCUUAUCCCACUAUGUCGCAGGUGAGCAGGAGAUGACUUUGGGUGCGAGGUGUUCAGUCAGAGUACACCAUGGACUGGUCACCAGUCAAUCCCAGGGCACAUAGAGCAACAACCAUUCACACACAUUCACAAUUAGGGACAAUUUAGAGUCUUGGAUUAACCUAACAUUGAUGUUUUUGGUAUGUGGAAGGACUACAAAUUGUUCAUUUAGCUAUAAUCUUUACGUCUCAGAAUGAUGCAGUGCAUUUCUCCACCCACUUUACAUCUCAGAAUGAUGCAGUGCAGUUCUCCACCCAAUGUCAAAAUGAACAAAAGCAUUACUUAGCAUUCCAUUGCCUUAAAAUUUUAUAUAAUUUGGGACAUACUAUCUUAAUUUGGAUGUCAUUGCACAUCAAAAAGACCAGUGUUGAAUUGACACCCACAGAGUUGAUUUUUACACUUUUUGAGGAUUUAUAUAGCGCCACACUCUUCAUAGUCAAAUUAAUAGCAGAGUUUAUAUCUAUUAAAGCAAUAAGGGUGUCUUUGUUUUUAUUUUCAUUUGAGCAAUGCAAGAUUUGUGUGUUUCAAAAAUUUUUUUUUUUGUUCAAACCCCGUUUAUUUCCUUAAUUCUGAAUAUUCUUUGCUGUUUUUUGGUACUUGUAUUUGUGGGCUACUAAUUGAAUCUAUUUAAAAAUAUUGCAUGUGAGUGUUCCUAUAUUUACAAGGUGUCUCCUACAUACCUUUGUUAAUGCGGCAUUAAAAUGAUAAGA